UUUUUCCCCAAUAAAUCAUAAGGCUUCUCAAAUUUUAUGUUUUUUUUAUUAAAUUGAUCUCUGAUCAAACAAAGGUAAAGAAAAAAUAGGAGGAAAAUGGGAGAUCAAUCAACCAGAGGAGAAGAAUUCGAGAAAAACGCAGAAAAAAAGCUAAACAGCUGGAGCUUUUUUGGCUCGAAAUAUGAAGAUGCCGCCGAUCUCUUUGAUAAAGCUGCCAAUUUCUUCAAGCUCGCCAAAUCCUGGGACAGAGCUGGAUCAAUUUAUGUAAAGUUAGCAAAUUGUCAUUUGAAAUUAGAAAGCACCCAUGAAGCCGCUCAAGCUUUUGUUAGUGCUGCUCAUUGCUAUAAGAAAACAUCGACAAAGGAGGCGAUAUCGUGCUUGCAGCAAGCAGUGAACAUGUUUUGUGAUAUUGGAAGGCUCAGUAUGGCUGCAAGGUAUUAUAAGGAAAUUGCUGAAUUAUACGAGUCUGAACAAAACAUUGAGCAGGCCAUUGAUCAUUACGAAAAGGCUGCAGAUUUCUUCCAAAGUGAAGAAGUAUCUACUUCUGCCAACCAGUGCAAGCAGAAAGUUGCACAAUUUGCUGCUCAGAUAGAACAAUACCAGAAAGCCAUUGAGAUCUACGAAGAGAUUGCACGGCAGUCACUUACCAAUAACUUGCUGAAGUAUGGAGUUAAAGGGCAUCUUCUUAAUGCUGGCCUUUGUCAACUCUGCAAAGGCGAUGUCGUUGCUAUCACCAAUGCAUUAGAGCGAUAUCAGGAUCUGGAUCCAACUUUUUCUGGAACACGAGAGUAUAGGUUAUUAGCUGACAUUGCUUCUGCUCUGGACGAGGAAGAUGUCACGAAGUUUACAGAUGUUGUCAAGGAAUUUGACAGCAUGACCCCAUUGGAUUCAUGGAAGACAACCCUUUUACUUCGAGUGAAGGAAAAACUGAAAGCUAAAGAGCUGGAGGAAGAUGAUCUUACCUAAAAUAGCUUCAUGUCAUAAACGCCAUUGUUAUUGUUUUCUGGUAUUUUAACAGUGAUUGCUUCAUAUUAAGAGUCGGGGUCCGGUUAUACUGUUAUACUUGCUUACAAGUAUUGGUUUAGGAGAUUUUACUUUAGAACUGCGCUGGUUAUUGGGUACAAAUGAGUUUGUAAUUGGAAUACUUAUGUUUUUAAAUGAAGUUAAAAUAAUUGAAUACAA